CUAUGACUCAACAGUUCUUUUAACGGUCUCCAUUGCAGCAAUGGAGGUGACGACGCGAUGGCUGAGCGAAGAGCACACGAGCCUGUCGGAGGCGUCGCUGGGCAAAAUCAUCUCCACGGGGCUACUACUUGGCGUCGUGCAUGUGCUCACAGGUAAUGACUCCAUCACCAAUUGAUUAAUAUUAACUGUCAAAGAUUAAAAAGAUCCUGGACUGUCUCAACUUAUCUGCAGGCCCUGAUCAUUUGUCUGCCUUGGCUGCCAUGACCACGGGCUCUUCCUGGCGAGCAUUCACGUUGGGCAUUCGAUGGGGCUGUGGCCAUUCCAUCGGCCUCAUCAUCAUGGCGCUUAUCUUCUUCGCUGCAGGGCAGACAGUGGACUUGGACGCUGUGGGCGGAUAUCUCAACUACGUCGUGGGGUUCUUCAUGAUCGCACUGGGCGUCUGGACGGGCGUGCACGUGAGGAAAAAAUACCAGAAGCAACUGAAAGAGGGAGUUCAGUCGCUUGUGAGCGGAGAGGGUGGGCAUGUCGAUAGCAAUCGAGCCAGUCACAGCAGCACGGGCGCCACACCGACCAAUCUGGUAGAACUUGUGCCGUUAUCCCAACGGAGAGUGUCGACUGCUGCGUCACCUGCUGUUGGAGAAGCUUCGCCGCAGAUUUCGAUGUCUCCUGCAAAUGUGGGCGAGACGUCAGCCUCGCCGUCGUCGUCCUUCCAUCUCUUGGUCAAAGAGGACGGCGACUCGAGCCAAGCUGCUGGAGCUGAUACAGUUAAACCCUCGAAGCUACACCCCAACAACUGGAAAUGCUGCCAAAAUGCGAGCUUUGAGAAUCCUGCCACUCAAAAGAUCAUGGCUCUACUUGUUGGAAUCGUCCAUGGUUUUGCCGGACCCGGAGGCAUAUUGGGUGUAUUGCCUGCUGUCGUGUUGAACGACUGGGUUAAGUCUAUGGCAUAUCUGGGCUCCUUCUGCGUCGCCUCGAUCUUUAUCAUGGGCGUCUUUGCGGCGCUUUACGGUGAGAUUACUGGUCGACUUGGAGGCAACUCGUUGGUGGUGGAGUUCCGAAUUGGUAUUUUCUCUGCGUUCUUCUCGUUCAUCGUCGGUGUCGCGUGGAUUGGACUGCAGGCUUCAGGCCAAAUGUCUGCCGUCUUUGGAGAAUAGACCGCUCGAGAACCGUGUAACUCGUAGGAGGAAGUUGUACGAGACCGAGACAAGAGUGCCAAGCAUUUAGCUACUCUUCGUAAAUGUGAAUAACAAAUGAAUUGUCGCUUUGAAAGGU